CUUUGAAAAAACUCGAUGGAAAGGGAAGGAGACUUAGAUCCCAUCCCGAUUGAUAUCAUUCACGAGAUACUCUCGAGAUCGUGUAAUAAAACAAUCGCUAGGUUUCGUUUCGUAUCCAAAUGUUGUGCGCUCAUACUUACACGUCCGGAGUUCACCGAGUUGUUGCUGACUAGGUCAUCAAACCAGCCGCCGCGUAUCUUAUUCGCCACCAGUUAUUUCGGUAAGUGCCGUUUAUACUCGUGCCCUCAGCCUCAGAAUCCAGAUGAGGAUCAUUCCCUUGUAGUAGCCGCCGAUUUAGAUAUGGAGUUGCUUGGAGGAGACAUGGAACCAAAAAAUAUAUGUGGCCCUGUCUCUGGCUUACUAUAUUUCUCUAAUAUGCGGGUCUCAAAGGAAGAUAUAGAUAAAGUGCCGGUCAUAUGUAACCCUAGCACGGGACAGUACGCUCGACUACCUUCGCUGGGAAGUAAGAAGAGUAAUCCGAGAACCUUUUUAGGGUAUGAUCGGAUUGGCAAGCAAUACAAGGUACUGGCCAUAAGCAUAUCUAAAGAGAUACAUAUUCUGACAUUAGUAACAGGAAAAGAAUCAUGGAGAAAGAUCCAGUGUGCCGUAAAACAUUGUCCUAUAAGUGAAGGGAUAUGCAUCAAUGGGGUUUUGUAUUACAUGGCUGAAAUCAACAAUGGUGUGAAGAUUAUAGCUUGCUUUGAUGUUAGGUAUGAAAAGCUUUGGUUGCUUAACGCAGAUUCUACUCCUCGGAUGAUGUUCCAGUAUUAUUCGCCUAAACUGAUAAAUUACAAUGGUAAAUUAGGCGUGACUUGUUGGCAAUGGCACCGUCAACCUAAUGGAAGGCGUAAGAGUAGUCUUGAUUUUUCUAUGUGGACUCUAGAGGAUGCCCAGCAACAGAAAUGGUUUAGACGUAGUUACUAUUUUCCGGUGGAUAUAGCUGUUGAGGGUAAUAUUUCCGUCGUUGGAGCGACUCCUAAUGGUGAAAUAAUAAUGUCCAGGGUUUAUACAGAUAAUAAUAAUCCCUUCUUUGUUUUCUUCUUCAAUCCCGAAAGGAUCAGUCUCCAAAGAGUUGAAAUCCAAAGUUUUGAAGCUCAUGGGAAUCAUAGUAGAGUCUACACCUUUGUAGACUAUGCAGAAGAUCUCAAGUUUAUAUAACUCAUAGUCUAAGGAGUUUACUUGGAAAUGUGACAUUUCAUUUCAUUGACAGGUUUUGUUGUGAGCUUCAACAUUUUGUUGCCUUAUAAAAAUAAAAUAAAAACUCUAGAUUGUCUUCUCUCAACGUUGCUUGAAAGCAAAAUAAUGUUAUAUCCGUUCUACCCAAAAAAAAAAAGAAUAAUGUUUUAUCCUUCAUGAAUGCAUUUUCAUACAACUUUU